UCUCUGCAAGACCACACAAUCAAAACAAAUCGACCACGCGUGCUUUUCCCGCAGCGAUGACGUCACGUCGCCCCGCCCCUUCCUCCUCCAAGUAAACAGAAAACACAGAGCUAAAGAAGUGCUGUCAGCCGCCAUAACGGAGCCAAACGCAGGAGAGAGAAAAAUAAUGACAUGAGACGCGACAGCGCGCGGUUAUCUCGGCUCUCCCGCGUGCGCUCGGCCCACUCGGAAGACCUCGGUGCCAGUCGACGGGAGAGAUGAAGGGAGAGGCGGAAGUGAAGUCACUUGACAGACCGUCCAUGUUAUUAUUGUUAUUUUCGUAGCCCUGCGAUGAGACGGACCCGGGAGUCGUCGGUCUCCGAGACAGCGAGCGCUCACUGUACCGCAGGCGGACCACCCGCACCCCCGAGUCCCCACUGACCCGGCGGCGGGAGCCUCGCUGGCGGCCGGGGGCAGGAGGAAGAGGAGGAGGAGGAGGGCGUGAAGACCCAGCUUCAGCUCGGCUCUCCGACCUGACAGAAAACGGACACAGCAGCAACCAUUGGUCCAACGGUCCCCGGCGGAGACGUGUCGCCGCAGACAUGAACGGCAUCACCAAGGGCCGGUUCGAGGUGUUCUCAAACAGCGAUGAAGCCCCCAUUAACAAGAAGCUCCCCAAAGAGCUUCUCCUCAGAAUAUUCUCCUAUCUGGACGUAGUUACACUCUGCAGGUGUGCUCAGGUGUCCAAGGCAUGGAACGUCCUGGCUCUAGACGGAAGCAACUGGCAAAAGAUCGACUUGUUCAACUUUCAGACCGACAUAGAGGGGCGGGUGGUGGAGAACAUUUCCAAACGUUGUGGGGGCUUCCUAAGGCAGCUCAGCCUCCGGGGCUGCUUGAGCGUUGGAGAUGCCUCCAUGAAGACUUUUGCUCAGAACUGCAGAAACAUAGAAGUGUUGAAUCUAAACGGCUGCACCAAGAUUACAGACAGCACCUGCCUCAGCCUCAGCAAGUUUUGCUCCAAGCUCAGACAACUAGAUCUUACCUCCUGUGUGUCCAUCAGUAACCACUCCCUCAAAGCCCUCAGUGAUGGCUGCAGAAUGCUGGAGACAUUGAACCUCUCGUGGUGUGACCAAAUCACACGGGACGGCAUAGAAGCCCUAGCGAGAGGAUGCAUCGGUUUACGAGCGCUGUUCCUCAGAGGCUGCACACAGCUGGACGAUGGCGCUCUGAAGCACUUACAGAAACACUGCCCCGAGCUCACCACCAUCAACAUGCAGUCUUGCACACAAAUCACAGACGAGGGUCUGGUCAGUCUGUGCCGAGGAUGCCACAAGCUGCAGGUCCUGUGUGUGUCCGGCUGCAGUAACAUCACAGACGCCUCUCUCACUGCACUGGGACUGAACUGUCCACGACUCAAGAUCCUUGAAGCUGCACGCUGCUCCCAUGUUACCGACGCUGGGUUCACUGUACUUGCCCGAAACUGUCAUGAGCUUGAAAAAAUGGAUUUGGAAGAAUGUAUUUUGGUGACAGAUAACACCCUGGUUCAGCUGUCAAUCCACUGCCCACGUCUGCAAGCCCUGGUAAACAUUUACACACACAGGUCUGAGUUUGCGUCGGGAUCUUUCUCAGGCUCGGAUCCGUGCGCAUGCGUCAUUAAAUUUGCAUAUCUUGUAUUUCUUCAACCGUGUCUCUCCUGCCCCUGGCAGUCCCUGUCCCACUGCGAGCUGAUCACCGACGAUGGCAUCAGAGCCCUGAGCAGCAGCACCUGCGGCCAAGAGCGCCUCACGGUGCUGGAGUUGGACAACUGCCCCCUCAUCACCGACGUGACCCUCGAGCACCUGAAGAGCUGCCAUCGUCUGGAGCGCAUCGAGCUGUACGACUGUCAGCAAGUCACCAGGGCUGGCAUCAAACGCAUCAGGGCCCACCUACCAGAGAUCAAGGUUCAUGCCUACUUUGCCCCAGUGACGCCCCCUCCCUCCGUACACGGAGGUGGUCAACGUCUGUGCCGCUGCUGCAUCAUCCUCUGACAGUGGAGGGCCAGGGGGGGCCACCUCUGUCUCCAAGUCCUGCUGCUCUGAUGGGGGGGCUGACGGUUGUUUGGGGAUGGGGGAGGCAGGGUAGGCGGAGUAGGAGAGAGGAGGGGCUGGACCCACUCGCUGCUCCUGAUCAAUACACAGACUGAUCCCCGCUGAUCCCUGAUCAGUGGACACCGCCCCUCCUCUCUUCUACAGCUCACCGGUCAGUGCGGCAGCUGCCUGGGAGGGGUUGGAGGAAAAAGAUGUGAAUGGCUGGACUUUCUCUCUUUUUCUCUCUCCGUAUCACUCUUUCUUCCUGUGCGGACACGGACAGGUCGUUCUCUCUGUAAUGCUCCUCACGUUCCCGAAUGACCACCCGUGGAUGGAAAGGGCAUCCUCUGCGCGGCGGGCGGGGCUGUCCGAACACUCGAAACACAGCUCAUCGUUUUUCCGAGUUUAACCUAAGAGCGUGAUGAUGUUGUCGUGUUGAAAAACGGCUCACAAUCCGUGGCGUGUCAUCUCGACCACUAGCGUUUCCACGUGACCAUCCUGUGAAACCCUUCUGCUUUGACCAAGAGGCAACAUGGAAGGAGAGGAGAGUUGGACUGCAUUUGAAAUAGACAUCAGCAGCUUGGAACCAGACGAGACAUCUGUGGAGAUGCUAGACUUUUGCUCCAUCUUUAUUUCUGUUUGUACAGAGAUGUUUUUGCAAUGGAAAAAAAUGACACUCACAGCAGCCCGGACAGAAACUACGGGGGAAGCAAACAAAAUCAUUUUAUUUUUUUCCUCCCACUGCUUGUUGUAAAUGCCCAUACUUGACUAGUCAUAGAUGGGCCCGUGCUUGUCUUUCUUUUUGUCAUGUAAAAGAAAAACAGCGACUUUCGACGGAUUCAGACCCUCCGUGUCAAAAGGCAGUUGACACCCGAUGCUGCGGCGACGAGAUGGCCUCUUUUGUGAACUGUGGUUGCGUCAGCGUGUAGGCCCUGAUCCAAUCCUGUCAGUAGCCCUGUGAACUAUCUCCUACUUGACCAUUUAAGCAUUUGUUUACAUCCCCAGAUUAGGUUAGCCCCACAACAAACCUGUUUACGUCUGUAGCUUUCGAUUUCCCCAACUAUUCGGCUUGAAUUUGCGUAGUGUGACAACCUGCAACCAAUCAGGGCCACAGCUCUUCUAACUUUCCUUAAAAAGGACAAAUCUAAUUCCAUUUUCUAUAAAUUUAUGGGACCUUGAGCUAAUACUCCUCAAGAUUCUGACAAUCACAUAAAUGUAUAUAUUUAAAAGCUUAUUUAAAAAUAGUUUUGUGAAAUUGACAAUAUGCCUAAGCUGUUAAAUAUUAUAAAUUUGCUUUUAUUCCACACAAACAGGUAAAUAGCCAGAGAUGCACAUUCAUAUACAAUGAUUGUAUUGAAACAAUCUGGUAAACUUUGCCAAUGAAAUUAAUAAUAAUAAUAAUAAAAAAUCUUUAGCAAUUUUCCUUUUUUAUCUAUUGUGCAUAUAACAAUAAGUUAUAUGUACUGACUAAGAAGCCCCAGUAACAACAGUCUAAUUAGCUCGAUUGAUUCAUAGGAUCUUGGUAAUAAAUGUCUGCGAUGACAAGCUAAAACAUCUGCCCAAAGUUUGACAUUUUAAAACCCGAAAUAAAAGAGGGUUUUGAAAAUGUACCAUGCAAACUGGGAAAUACUGAAUUGGGCUAAAAAGAUCAGUACCUGGGGAGACUGGCAGGACAGUGGAUAGGAAACAAUGUGAAAACAGGCAGUAAGAUCAGCAAAAGCUGGUGGACUCAAAAAUACACAGCAAAGUCGGCUGGCUGUGACUAAGUCCUAUGACAACUGUUUUAACAGUUUUAUGUUUGAGUAAAUAAAUCAAUGAAAAAAGAGCGAAUAAAGAUGACUAAUACUACA